AUGAGCGAGGACACGUCUUGCUCAGCCCUCGUGCUGUGGCGGCCCUGGCCCUUCGAUCCGGUCCCUCGUUCCUCGCCAACCACAGCCAUCAAGGAAGCGCCAGAGCUCACAGAGAUCGUCCCUCCCUCUUCCCCGGAGGUCACUCUCUCGGUGUUCCAUGACGCUAUCAACGUUCUGCAAGGACCAUCUAGCUCUUCCUCCACCCAUCACGCGCCCAAGGUCGCCGUCAACACCCACUACCUCUCGCUCAUUCGCGGUCCGCAAGUCUCCCCGUCGUGCCACACCAUCCGCCUUCCCCCAUCGCCUGGCCUCCAACAUCUACCUAGAACCUCGAUCUCCUGGCCCACCAGCCUCACUUUACCUACCUCAGCCCACUCCCUACCUUACAAUGCCCCCAUUAACGAGGACAUUGUCGGUUGUGACCCCCAAGACAUUGUCAUGGACGAGCCGUCGGACGCUGCUGAAGUCGCGAACCAGAUGGAUGUGGAUGAGGAGCGUGUCCCGGAGGGAGGCGGUUCUUCCUUCACUCCAGCCCUUGUUACCACCUCUUCUUACCAAGGAGGUGACCCUGGAGAGCACGCUCCCAUGACCGCCGCGGACACGGUCCUGCACCUGUCGAGCACCACGCCACUACAGCCAGUAAUGGGCAGUUGGACGACUUCCGACCCCAUCUCGCUGUCCACUCCAAAGCGUCCCGGUGUCUUCCUCCCUCCCAAACGCACCCCUGUAUCCGUCUCGGACCAUUCCCCCAACACCCCAAUUGCCAAAGUAGACCAGUGGCGAGUCGGCAAGCGACCAGGUCACCAGGGCUCGCACAUGCACAACAAGCGACGCAGCGAGGCGCUGAGUGAAGACGAGGGAAGCGGUGUCUCUACGCGAGUGCUCAAAAGGCCAUUCCGCCCUCCCACCCGCGUGUCCCCUUUCUUCACGCCCAACUCUGAAUCGACGACCGGGACGGCCACGGACACCGCGAGCUCCAGCCCACCCUCCGCACGCUCGGGCACGAGUACCAGCGCGUUCCCUUCGCCGACCAAGUCCAAGUCCAGUUCCAACUCCACGUCCCUGUCCAUCCUGGGAACACCCAGCACCUUGUCCUCGCCGUCCAUCAGCCGACGCCAGAGCCAGAGCCAGAGCCAGAGCCAGAGCACGACCCCAUCCUCCACCGCCAGCACGGCCACCCGGGCGCGCGUCUCCAAGCCCUUCAAAUCGCCCACGGUCGUGGCCCGCUCCGCCGCCCCGUCCCCGCCCUCCAUCGCGUCCCGCUCGUCCUACUCCCGCUCUCGGCGCAACCCCAACGGCAACGCCAACGACAACGAUCCCGACGCCGACCUCGUCGCUGCCCUCGAGGCCCGCGUGCGCACCCUACGCCAGGCGGUACGCUACGCGACCGCGCCGGACGAGGACGACCGGCUCGCGCGCCUCGUGGGCGUGUGGCGCGACGCAGGCCGGCACGUCGCGGACAAGCUGUUCGAGCUCGUGCCCCGUCCCGAGGAGCGCGAGCACGGGGGUGUGCGUGCGCGCGAGCCCCGUUCGUGGGGGUUUGGGUUCGGGUUUGGCGCGUAUGCGGACGGGUAUGACGCCGACCCGUUCAUCGACACGUCCACGUCCACCUCCACAGCCACAGCCACGAGCGAGGCUGGUCACCGAGGCGAAUUCGUGCUGCCCCCCGACACCGACGACCCGGACGGGUCCGAGGAGGACCUGGACGUGGGCCUGGGGAACGUGCUGAAGGGCGCCCGGUCUGUACGCCGGUAUGGCGCGUUCAGGCCCAGCGGCUACGGGGACGACAUGGUGACCAACGACACGGCUGCAUGCGACGACGUCGACGAGUGCAACCCGUCGCCGGAUACCUGGGACCGCGGGGCCAUGCUGCUUAAACUCGGCGUCGACCCGGGCCUCCUCGGGUUCGACCGUGAGGCGGACGACUGGGAGGAGAUUGUGGACGAGUGA